AUGCCCCGUGGAAGAUAUGGUAACCGCAAGGGACGCAACCGCCAGUUCACUCCGACUGACGAAUUGAAGGAGGAGCUCGAAAGCAGUGGAUGCGACCGUAGUGUCCUCUUGAGCCUAAUGGAGAGUUACCCGCCGAACGGGAAGAAUUCCUCGUCUUCGGAGCCCGACUCGGAGGACGAGUUUCCUCGCUCCAAGGGCGCCUGCGGCGUCCAUAGCCUUUUUAAGAUUUCCAAUCCGAAUCGCUUGUCCGAGACCGAGGAUAAGGCCACUAUUAAUAGCCGCGUGAAGAAGCGCGAGCGUCUCCUUACCCAUAAGUUGCUGAAAAGCAGCGAGGCCGAGGCGGACCUGGCCCGCCUGGCUGUGGUCCGCAAGGAGCGCGAGGCGGCCGCCGAACGCCGUCUGGCCGCCAAGGAAGCCGCCGCCGCCGCCUUGGCCGCCGGUUCCAAGACUUCUAUGAAGCGCACCUCCCCGUCAGCAGACGCCAACGUGGCUGCCAGUGUCGGGGGCUACCAAAGGAAGUCACGCAGCUCCCGCAAAAAGUAA